CCACAACCAACAUACCAAACUCCUUCCGCGACACCACUCCCAGCUACUUCGUCAAUGGUCACCGCACAGACGUCGAGCCAACAGUCGUCUGGUCCAUCCCAGGCGACUGGAAGUCAGAGUGGGCCUCAGCCGUCUUCUCGGUCGGCUGCUGAGCAGGCGAGGAAGGAUAGAACGCUUGCGGAGUUUAUGUUGUUAUUGGAUGAGCAUGAGCCUUUGAUACCAGAAGAAGUAACAGACUACUUUCUUCAAAGAGUUGGGUUUGAGUGUGAAGACGUUCGACUAAAACGACUUGUUGCCCUCGCAGCACAGAAGUUCGUAUCUGACAUCGCUGCAGACGCAUACCAACAUGCUCGAAUAAGGACGAACGCAGCCGCAGGUGGUCGUGGGAGGGCACCGUUAGGCCAGUCAUCUCGAGACAAGACACGAACGACACUUACGAUGGAAGACCUCAGCGCUGCACUUGCGGAAUACGGUAUUAACGCGCGCAAGCCGGAGUUCUACAUGUGACGACUUGCUUGCGUUGCUUUCCGUCCUUGUCGUUGUUCGCUGUUUCAUGGCUUUGUUGUAGACGUGCAUUUGUACUUUUAUAUUUUUCGUCAACAU